UACGAUUUGACUCUCACUGAGAUUGGUGGGGGACCCAAUGAUGUGAGGGAACAGUCAGUGUUGGCUAACUCCAACCUCGAGUUCACUUUCAGCGGCCUCCAACAGGACACUGGUUACAGGGUAGUAGUCACAGCUACCAACAGAGAUGGUAGUACAGGGCCAGAGAUGACCAGUGAUCCAGUGGAAAUCAGUAUCACCACUCUCGCUGUGGGACCUCCUCAGAUCCCAGACAAACCCACCAUCUCCAUGAUCACCAACACCUCCGCUAGACUCUCCUGGACUGACCCUGGUGGUUAUCGUGAGACGUACACACUGGAGAUCAGACGUAUUCUAGACUGUGGAAAUGAGACAAUUCUAAGAAUUCCAGGCAUUACAUCUGAAUCAUACAACCAGACUGGACUGAUGCCUCUCACUACAUAUGAUGCCAGGCUUCUUUCUGUUAACUUCAACGGUCCAUCGAAUUUCAGUGAUGCCAUCAGGUUUAGCACUGUUGGUAUGGUGAUGGUAGGAGGAGGAGAGGGAUCUGUGACCAAUACACUAGAGACCACAUCUGGUGAUACUGUCACCCUCACCUGCUCCCUGGACCAGGUGGACAAUGACCCCGAGACCUUUACCUGGGCCAGACAAGACGGCCAACCACUGCCUGAGGGGUCCACUCAGGCUGAUGGUGUUCUGACAAUCCCGGGGGCAAGAGUAGAGGACAGUGGUGUGUAUGUCUGCUCUGCCAGUGGGGUUCAGGGGUCAUUCACUCUCUCUGUCCUACAAUAUCCUGAACAAGCCAGUAGUGGAACUCUAUCAACUGGAGGUGCUGUGGCCAUCACGUUCACCAUCACUCUACUGGUGUCUCUACCAGUGGGUGUGGUCAUUGGUUUGCUGCUGCCCCAGGCAGUCAGGAGGUGUGUUGGAGGAGUGAGGAAGAUGAAAAGGAGAGAGGGAGAGGAGGAUGGAGGAGACAUCUAUGAAGACCCAGAUAGGAUGGCAACAGUCAUCCCUCUCUCACAGAAUGAGGCCUAUGUUCUGAGUCAACAGACCACGGUGCAGAUUGUUGGUACAGUGUCAGCUCCCAACCAGAUAGAUAUUCCACUAGGAACUGUCUGUGUCCAGUGUGUUGUCAAUGGAGCAGUAGACACAGCCACCACCACUUUCCUAAUUGGAAACUCACCAAUCCAGGGAGUGGUGGAUAAUGGAGUUCUGGUGGUUGAUGAUACUAGCAUGACAUUCCAGGCAUCUCCUGUCCUGACUUUGCGGUGUGUUAGUGGCUCGAAUGUAAGACAGGCUUCAGUUUACUUGGACGUGUAUCUACCUCCGAUAAUCACGGGAGCAACUACAGUCAAUGAGGGAGGCACACUGUCCCUCUCCUGUGACAGCACAAACUCCAACCGAGAACCACUUGCACAGUGGUUCGACGAAGAUGACCAGAUUGCGUCUUCAUCUGGAGUACUGAAUAUCCCCAACAUCAUGAGGUCUAAGGCUGGGAGCUAUACCUGUCGAACCUCUCCUCCAAACCUUGACAACUCUACCAGCACAACUGUGACAGUAGUCGUACAAUUUGCUCCUGACGUGACAGCAAACAGACAAGACCUGGUGCUAGUUCCAGUAGGGAUAGGGACACUCCGGAUCUCCUGUACCUACCUCGGCAUCCCUCCUCCUGACACCAUCACGUGGAUACACAAUGGCACCACCUUAGUCCCUGCAGCCGACUCUCGAAUAUCAGUCAGUUUCAAUGACACUGGAACCACUCUCACCAUCACGGAGGUGACGGAGGAAGAAGGAGGGAUGUACGUGUGUGUACCCCAGAAUAUUUUGGGCAAUAACUCUGCCACCACUGAAGUUAGGAUUCAACUGCCCCCUGGUCCACCCACUGGUCUUGAUAUAGUGGCAGAUUCACAGACGACUAUAUCUCUCAGUAUCUCCUGGACCAACCCAGUCUUCAAUGGAUUCAGUCCCAUAGAUGGCUUCACUGUCAACCUCACCAGCAGACACCCCGACAUUGUCCGUGACAUUCCUGGCGACGCUAUGACAAUGACGGCAAACCUCGACAACCUUCGUCCGUUCACUGCCUACACCAUCCGGCUCUCCGUGAGGAAUGAAGUGGAACUUGAGGGAGAGGCAGCCGUCACAACUGGGAUGACCGACUCACUACUUCUUGAUAAAGUCAGAGCCCUAAAUGCAGUGGCAGUCAACUCCACAGCCAUCAGUGUGACAUGGACGGAGCCUACUAUUGAACCUGAUACAACGGCUCCAGUGGAGAUGUACCUCAUCACGUUUUCCUCCCCGAGUAGGACCGACACUAUCACCGUCACUGCCAGUGAGACCUCGGUGGUUCUGACCGGUCUAGAUAUGGGUACUGACUACUCCAUUACUGUGGUGGGCCUCAACUCUGCUGGACCUGGAGCAUCGGAUAGUGACAACGUGGCAACUAACAUUGACCCUCCCAGUGUUCCACAGAACUUGAAUGGAACCAGUGAUAAUCCCUUCAUCAUCUCUGUCUUCUGGGAACAACCUGAGACCGAUGGAGGUCGACCCAUUGUGAGGUAUGAUUUGACUCUCACUGAGAUUGGUGGAGGACCCGAUGAUAGGAGGGAAGAAACAGUGUUGGCUAACUCCAACCUCGAGUUCACUUUCAGCGGCCUCCAACAGGACACUGGUUACAGGGUAGUAGUCACAGCUGUCAACAGAGACGGUAGUACAGGGCCAGAGAGGACCAGUGAUCCAGUGGAAAUCACCAUCACCACUCUCCCUGUGGGACCUCCGCAGAUCCCAGACACACCCACCAUCUCCAUGGUCACCAACACCUCCGCCAGAAUCUCCUGGACUGACCCUGGUGGUUAUCGUGAGACGUACACACUGGAGAUCAGACGUAUGCUAGACAGUGAAAAUGAGACGAUUCUAAGAAUCCCAGGCAUUACAUCUGAAUCAUACAACCAGGCUGGACUGAUGCCUCUCACUACAUAUGAUGCCAGGAUUCUUUCUGUUAACUUCAAUGGUCCAUCGAAUUUCAGUGACAGCCGCCAGGAGGAGGAGAGGAGCUGUGGACGACACACUAGAGACACCACGUCUGGUGAUACUGUCACCCUCACCUGCUCCCUGGACCAGGUGGACAAUGACCCCGUGACCUUUACCUGGGCCAGACAAGAUGGCAGACCACUGCCCGAGGGAUCCACCCAGGCUGAUGGUGUACUGACAAUCCCGGGGGCAAGUGUAGAGGACAGCGGUGUGUAUGUCUGCUCUGCCAGUGGGGUUCAGGGGUCAUUCACUCUCUCUGUCCAACAAUUUCCUGAACAAGCCAGUAGUGGAACUCUAUCAACUGGAGGUGUUGUGGCCAUUACGUUCACCAUCACUCUACUAGUAUCUCUACCAGUGGGUGUGGUCAUUGGUUUGCUGCUGCCCCAGGCAGUCAGGAGGUGUGUUGGAGGAGGGAGGAAGAUGAAAAGGAGAGAGGGAGAGGAGGAUGGAGGAGACAUCUAUGAAGAGCCAGAUAGGAUGGCAACAGUCAUCCCUCUCUCGCAGAAUGAGGCCUAUGUACUUAGUCAACAGAGAAACUAAUGAUCCUUUGAACCUUUGUCCACAACAUUUGUGUAGUCUGUGUCCUGCUA